CUCUUUAUCUUCUCUUGUCUUUGCGUCUCAUUAUAUGACCCGAAUCUCUUCCUUCGGGUGCUAGUUGUGAAGGAAGGCAGGAGAUGGGUCUCAAACCUCUCAGUCUCCAAAUGAUCCCGUGGUGCUUCCACGUAGCAGGCGCCACAUGUCACUCCUCCUCCUCCUGGUUUGACGAGGACGACACUGCCGCCGACUCGCCGAAGCCCUCCGUUCGCGUCGUGAGCCCCGACGGCCGCAUCAGGCUCUACCAUCGAUGGGUCUCGGCGGCGGAGCUCAUGGCCGCCCACCCCUUUCACCUCCUCUGCCUCUCCGACUCCUUCGUCAUCGGCGAGCCCAUCGCCUCCCUCUCCCCCGACGACCGCCUACUCCCGGGCCACACCUACUUCCUCCUCCCCUCCCACUUCUUCCACUCCGCCCUCUCCUUCGCCUCCCUCGCCGCCUGCUUCGGCGACCAUAAGCGGAGUGGCGUCGCCAAGCUCCUGCAGCCCAUCGAGAUCCACAAGACGGCUGCCGGCAAGCUCCAGGUCCGCGUGUCCGACGAGUACCUGGAGCGCCUGAGGAGGGCGGAGGAGGAGGCGGCGGCGGCGGAGAGGAGAGGGCAGCGAGUGUGCACCACGGAGGAGUUGGCGAAGGAUUACAAGCAGUUGGUGAGGUGCCGCUCCUGGAAGCCGAAGCUGGAAACCAUCAAGGAGUCGGAGAGGAGGAGGAGGAGUAGCGCUGGUGCCGCUUUUGGUAGGAUCGGCAGAAGGAAGAAGUGUGGCCACCUCAAGAACAACCGCAACAAGCAAGUCUGAUACAAUCACAUCGCAUUCCUUCCCUUGUAAUCCAUUACACCUCCAAAUUAAUAUAUAUAGUGCCUUGUACAUUUCGGUGUAACAUUAUCUUAUCAAAAUGCGUUGGGUCUUAAGAAGCA